CGCUGCAGCUUCAGUCGCAGGAAGUGGGAGAGCAGGAAGAGUGGAGCGGAGAGGAGGAAUAAUCAUCCCACCAUUUCAGCGCGGAGAGAUAUUCACCUAAAACCCGCAGUUAAACCGCUUUAACCUAGGAUUCCCGAGCCGAACCGGAGCAAAGCAUGUGGAAAGCAACAGCUGGUCGCUCGGUCUCCGUUACGGUGGACGAUGGCGGUGAUGACUGGGAGACUGACCCUGACUUUGAGAAUGACAUCACUGAGAAGGAACAGCGAUGGGGAGCGAAAACCGUAGAAGGCUCGGGUCACCAAGAACACAUCAAUAUCCACAAGCUGCGUGAGAAGGUCUCCACUGAGCACAGUGAGCUGAAGCAGAAGGAGCUUGAUGGCAUGCCUAAAGCCUCACAUGGAUAUGGUGGUAAAUUCGGAGUGCAGCAGGACCGCAUGGACAAGUCUGCUGUAGGUCAUGAGUACCAGAGUAAGCUUUCCAAGCACUGCUCUCAGACUGACACCUCUAAAGGCUUUGGAGGGAAGUUUGGAGUUCAGACUGAUCGUGUGGAUCAGUCUGCUGUAGGGUUCGAGUAUGCGGGGAAGACGGAAAAACACGCCUCUCAGAAAGACUACGCCACCGGGUUCGGUGGCCGCUAUGGGGUGCAGAAUGACCGCGUGGACGAGAGUGCAGUAGGAUUUGAUUACCAGGGCAAAACUGAAAAACACGAGUCCCAGAAAGACUACACCAAAGGGUUUGGUGGGAAGUUUGGUGUGGAGACGGAUAAGGUGGACAAAAGUGCUGUUGGGUUUGAGUAUCAGGGGAAGACGGAGAAGCACGAGUCUCAGAAAGAUUACGUGAAAGGUUUUGGAGGGAAGUUUGGUGUGCAGACAGACCGGCAGGACAAAUCUGCGGUGGGCUGGGACCAUCAGGAGAAACUGCAACUUCAUGAGUCCCAGAAAGAUUACUCCAAAGGCUUCGGGGGGAAGUUCGGCGUGCAGAAGGACAGAAUGGACAAGAGUGCAGGAACGUUUGAGGAGGUGGAGAAGCCCAGCACUGCUUACCAGAAAACCAAGCCAGUGGAAGCAGCUGGCAGUGGAACAGGCAACAUUAAGGCUCGUUUUGAGAACUUGGCGAAGCAGAAAGAGGAGGAAGACAGAAAGCGAGCGGAGGAAGAGCGAGCCAGACGACAGGCCAAGGAGAAGCAGGAGCAGGAGGAAGCUCGCCGGAAGAUAGAGGAGAAUGCCAAAGCUAGAACCCCCUCCCCUCAGCCCAGCCCCACCACCACCACUGCUCCAGUGUACCAGGCCCAUCCCGAGGUAAAAGAGGAAGAGGAUAAUGUGUAUGAGGUGGAACCAGUCUCCACCCCUGCAGCAAAGCCCACCUAUGAAGAACCAGUUCAGGAGGAUCUCUACCAGAAUGUGGAGGUGGAGCCGGAGCCGGAGCAGAACCAGGAGCAGGAUGGACAGUAUCAGGCAGCAGAUUCUCAGUCGUAUGAUUAUGGAGAGGAUCUGGGGGUGACCGCUGUGGCGCUGUAUGAUUACCAAGCUGCUGGCGAUGAUGAGAUUUCCUUUGAUCCUGAUGACAUCAUCACCAACAUCGAGAUGAUUGACGAGGGCUGGUGGAGGGGCGUGUGCAGAGGGGCUUAUGGACUCUUUCCAGCCAAUUAUGUUGAAGUCCGGCAGUAAGGCCACACCCCCUCGGUGGCCACGCCCAUCUCCCUGGAGGAGAGGGGUUCUCUUGCACAUUUUCCAUCUUCGUCUCGUCAGUCUUUCUCCUCUCGUCUUUCUCCUGCUCCUCCCAUCUUUCAUGGUGCUUCUGAAGUGUUGGACAUUCUCAGGUCUUUCCAUCACUCUUUCUUUUCUUCUUGUCUUUUAUUUUCUUCAUCCUCAGUGCACUCACAGUAAGCCUGUAUCAACAUGGGGAAGAUAGAAACUUUAUACACCUGGUUUCUUUCUUUUUCUCUUCUUCUCGUUUAAUUUAGCAUUUGUGUAGCCCACGAUCGUCAUACCAUUUUAUCUCAUUAAAAUAAUCAGAAUCGAUUUACUGAGAGUUUAGAUGAAGUUUUGGGGCUUUAAGGGUUAAUUUAUGAAGUUUAAUGAAGGUAUAAAUCCUGAAACCUCCAGAAGGGUGUUAACAGCUCAACCAGAUGUGCUAACAUGGAUGCUAAUAACCACCAGUUAGCAGGAUUUUUUUGUUUGUAUUCACUCUCAUUCACUUAGUUUAAUAAAUAAUAAGACUCAUAUGAUUUAGCUAUAUUUGUGGAUAAUCAUUUUGAUUCAGUGUUAGCAGCAUUAACAGUGUUUAUGGCAUUUAAGUCAUUAUCAUGUAUCUUUUGCUUGAUUGCUGAUUAGCAACAUUAGCAGCCGUUUAAAUAGUUUGCAUCAUCAUGCUAAUGGGCGGUUUCUUAUGCUAAUUCACUGUUAGCAUCACUGUGAUUAUUAAAAUAAUAAAAAAAAAUAAUAACAUUUGCUUAAAAUUAAUGAAUUGUAAAGUAGUGUGCCGAUGGUUGUUAAAAAAACAAAACAAAAAAACAAUUAGUAACCAAUUCUGAUAUCAUUGUGCAUCUCAUUAUAAACAACUACUGAAAAUUACUAUCAAUAUUUAAUUAAUAAAAUUAUUUAUUUCUAGGGAUGCACCUAAUAUUUAGCAGCUGAAUUAUUUGGCUAAAAAUAACAAAAAAAGCACUUUAAAUGUAUGCUGAGUAAUGACAUUUGUUUUAGGUCAUGCUGUGAUUUGUUGGUUUGUCUGCUGAGAUGUUAAUCUCCAGAUACCACUUUCAAAUAAAGCUAGUUUAUAAAAAGGGUUUAUUCAUGGUUAUUAUUUAGGCUAUAUGUACUUUCUUUAGAUAUGUUAAUACAGACAGAUGGAAAAGAUAAAGUAAGAUCUGAAUUGAAUAUUCAGACAGUGAUGUUUAACAGUAUAAAUAAAUGUGGGAUCGCUAUUUGGCAAAUGACACGACUCUUCCUGUUUUUUAAAAGCAUUUACAACCUAAUUAUUCACCAUUAAUUAACAAACCUUUUUUUAAGUGGUACCUAGAGAUGGAUUAAACAAUAAACAUUUAGACAUACCAACAAAGCACAACAUGAUCUGAAAUGUAUAAAUGUCAUUAUUUGGCAUAAAUUAAAUUAAAAUACUUUUUUGCUAUUUUCGGCCAAAUAAUUUAGUUUGCUAAGUAUUCGAUGCAUCCCUAUAAAUGAUUUAUUUAUUAAUUAAAUAUUGAUACUUUUAAGUAGCUGUUUAUAUGUAUUUAAUAAGUAUUUGCAACCUCAUAAAUAAUAGUUAAAAUUAUUUAGUGGUGAAAAAAGUAGCAAAAUGAAUGAAAUCGUGUAAAUAAUCCAGUGCAUCUCUAUAAAUUUUAAUAGAAAGUUGCAGUGCUGAGUGAUGCCACUUAUCUAUACACUGUUAGCAUCUGAAUUCUCACCUGGAUUAUAUAUUAUUAUUAUUUGCUAAAUGCUGUUUGCUGCUGCUUUUCUUCUUUUUCAGUCACUGGUAGCUGGUGUUAGUAGUGUUGGUGUUUCUGGCUGAGCUGCUGUACGAGGCUGUGGUUAGAGAUUUGGUAGGAUCACCAAAGACAGGAGGUUGUUGGAGUGUUGGGUGUUUGUUAGAGGAAUAAUGCAGUGCUGUUAGAUGAAUAUAUUGGAGGAUUUAUCGGAUGAAGAAGUUCGUGUUUCUCAUUUAAAGCGCAUUUUCAUGCUGAUCAUGUUAGCACUCUGCGGCUCUCAGGCCUCUGAAUCAGAGCUGCGUUUGCGUUUUUAACACUAAAAGGACGUUUUGUGUUGUAGCUACGAAUCCCGACAGAACACUAAACACUCACAUUACUGAAGACUUGACACUUAAAUCUGCCACCAUGUGUCAGCUGACCUGCGUGGCUGUGAACAAACAGUAUGAUUUUUAUUCUGAUUGGACAAAAAAAUAUAUUAUAUACAGCUCUGGAGAAAAAAUAAAUAAAAAAGAGACCAUUUCAGUCUCUGAAUCAGUUUCUCUGAUUUUGCUAUUUAUAGGUUUAUGUUUGAGUAAAAUGAACAUUGUCGUUUUAUUCUAUAAACUACAGACAACAUUUCUCUCAAAUUACAAAUAAAAAUAAUUUUAUUAUAAUUUUUCUGCAUUUAUUUGCAGAAAAAGAGAAAUGGCUGAAAUACCAAAUAAGACGUAGAUAUUUCAUUUCUCAAAUAAUGCAAAGAAAACAAGUUCAUAUUCAUAAAGUUUUAAGAGUUCAGAAAUCAAUAUUUGGUGGAAUAACCCUGGUUUUAUCACAGUUUUUGUGCAUCUUGGCAUCAUGUUCUCCUCCAUCAGUUUUACACACUGCUUUUGGAUAACUUUAUGCUGCUUUACUCCUGGUGCAAAAAUUCAAGCAGUUCAGUUUGGUGGUUUGAUGGCUUGUGAUCAUCCAUCUUCCUCUUGAUUAUAUUCCAGAGGUUUUUUGUUAAUUUGGUAAAAUCAAAGAAACAUCAUUUUUAAGUGGUCUUUUAUGUUUUUUCCCAGAGCUGUAUAUAUUACGAUGUUUGAGACCAGAGUUGCAGGUGGUGUUGAGAUGUCUUGAUGAAGUGUGUGUAUGUCUGUGUGUAUGUCCUGGGCAUGCGGUGUCAUUGUCUUUGUGUCCUGGUGUGUGUGUGUGUGUGUGUGUGUGUGUGUCGGCGUAUUGUAUUUUAUUACACUCAGGCCACUGUAACGGCUUCACGAUGACCAACACGUUAUACAGCGAGAGGUUCAGCGUCUGAGAGUGUGGCUCUGAACUGCGGGAACUGUAGCUCUUUUUGAAAUUAGCUUAAUAUAAAAAUAAUCAUAAUUAUAAUAGCGUAAUUCUGUCCCGUGGUUAAUGAGGAAUGGCGGUUCCGUUGUGGUGCGGUGGGACGCUCGUAAUUGGGUAAGAUUGUGGCGCAUCGACGGUGUAGCAGCGGCUAAUCACGACAUUCUUUCGGGUGGGGGGUUUUAUAAAAGUGACCUUUUCAGAUAUUUUAUUUUUAUCUGUAUUUUGCUGGCUUAAAUCUCAUUACGUGCUUUUUUUUUUUUUUUUUGAUUGUUUGUUUUUGUAAGAAAUGGAAUUUCAAUUAAUAAAAAACACGGAUAGUUGAAAUGAA